AACAGCAAGAUGAUGUUUGGUUAAGAAAUAAGAACAAAAUCCAUAAUUAAGCAAAACCAUUAUGCCUUUUAUGAGCCUUUGACCCCAUUGUUGUCACAUCUCUACUUCUGUCUUUCCACCUCUGUCUGCAAAAACAGAGGAACCCUUUCCUCUGUUUCUUACUUUUGUCAAAGUUUAACUCUGAUAAAAGCAUGUAAGAAUGACAAGGAAUAGAAGAGAUAACAAAGUCUCAGUUCAUGGAAGUGGUCAGAACGGCGUCGGUUGGAACAAGGUCAAGCAUUGGUCUACGUCUUGGACAGGUUCUGUUCUCUUCUGCUUCGCUUCUUUUCAUGUGCUUCAACGAUGACGACGAUUUCUACGCUUACACUGCCUUCUGUUAUUUAGUUACAGUGAUGGGUUUAGUAACACCAUGGAGCGUUACGUUAGCCCUACUUGAAGCGUACUCCAUCAUCGUUCAAAGACUUCCUCUGCAAGCAACAGUUUUAUCUGUCAUCGUCUCUGGAGACUUGGUUUUGUCGUUUUUAUCGCUGGGAGGUGCAUGCUCAACGGCGAGCGUGACCGUAAUUUUGAUUGGUGCUGGAGAGAAGCAUUGUGAUCGGUACAAGUUAUCGGCGACAAUGGCGUUCUUGUCUUCGUUUCUUUCCUUUGCUUCCACUUUCUUUAACUUUCGUCUUCUCCCUUCUCUAUUUUCUAGUUAG